CAUUGGCGCUCCCAUCCCCGAUAGAUCUCUGCCGUGCUGCGUGGCGCGUCUCAGCAAGAGUGUAUAUAUAGUCCACGGCACACGCGGCGCGCAUGCGGCGAUUGGCCCUCUCUGCCUGCGUCACCGGAUAAGCAGCAACCAUCCCAGGAUCGCCGCGGAGCUUCUUUCUCUUUGACUCUGCUCCUACGUCAGAAAGAGAAGGAAGGAAAUGGAGACGAAGCCGAUAUCGCCCUCGCCAUGAACCUUGGUUGGCAAAUUAAACUCGAAUAAUGGAGGACUGCUUUUCACGCAUCCUGAACCUUGCUUGGGAGCUACGACGGCACUUGACGCAUUUCAUAGAAAAUUUGUUUGGGUGCAUCGACUGGAUUCCUCAAGGCCAUGAAGUUCAGUUCUCUACUUGUUAUAGGGAAUCAUUGCCUGCCACUGAAAGAUAUGUUCAUGGAUGGAGUCCCGCGUCGUCCAUUAGUGAUGCUCCUGCACAAGGGUUGUCCGUUGGUAAUACUACUGCAGAAGAGGAGCUAUCUGAAGCCAUAAUUUUCAGAAAUGUCUCGUCCAAAAUUUGUCAAAGAUCGUAUGCCAGGUCUUCGUGUCUUUUGCGUGGCUUCAGAUUAGUACAAAGAUUGGCAUUCCAUGUGCGACGGCUGUGCAGUCUCCUUGCAAAUGAAUUUCAUGACAGACUAACCAGGUUCUUGCAUCGUUUCUGGACAACACUGCAGGGCUCUUCCGAAGAUAUAGGAUGGCUGCAAAGAACUCAAAUGUCGCUUUAUUCAGUUGAUGGCACGUCUCGCUUUAAGGAGCUUUUGCAUGAUGUCAGAAAUGGCAUUCAUUAUCUACCUAAUACUUUGGUCUACUUGUUCAUCCCUGGCCUUUUUAGCAACCAUAGUCCACUUUACUUUGUCAAUACCAAAAGGUUCUUCUCCAAAAUGGGGCUUACUUGCCAUAUUGCAAAGAUUCAUAGCGAGGCAUCGGUGGAGAAGAAUGCACGGGAACUAAAACUAUACAUCGAAGAGCUUUACUGGGGAUCUGGCAAACAGGUUUUGCUCCUGGGACACAGCAAAGGCGGAGUUGACGCGGCAGCAACACUUUCAUUGUACUGGUCUGAGCUCAAGGGCAAGGUUGCCGGCCUGGCACUGGUUCAAAGCCCAUACGGUGGUACCCCGGUGGCUUCCGACAUCCUUCGCGAAGGCCAGAUCGCUGACAGGGAGACAAGGAGGAUCAUGGAACUGAUAGUAUGCAAGCUCAUCAAGGGUGAUAUGAGGGCUUUGGAGGAUCUUACAUAUGGCAGGAGAAAGGAGUUCAUUUCCAGGCACAAGCUGCCCGUGGGCGAGCUACCGAUCAUCUCCUUCCACACCGAAGCAAGUGUCGUGCCAACGGUGCUCGCGACAAUGACCCGCAUCGCGCACGCCGAGCUCCUCCCAUUGCUGGCGGUGGCACCCUUGCCACGCUUCUUAUCCGAGUACAUGGAAUCAUUGCUUGCUUCUCUGAAGCUGCCGGUUGUCAUGCCGGUAUCGGCAGCAAUGGCGGUCAGCGCGCUCCACCUGCGGCUCCGGUACGGGGAGAGGAGCGACGGGCUUGUGACGCGGCGCGACGCCGAGGUGCCGGGGUCCGUGGUGGUGAGGCCGGAGAGGAGGCUUGACCAUGCGUGGAUGGUGUUGUCGACGCUGAGAAAGUGCCGUGGCGAGGCUGAUGCUACCCAGGUGUGCGAGGCUCUGAUGGCCAUGCUCGUUGAGAUCGGCAGGAAGAAAGAAUCGCUGCUGAUCAGUUGUUGAGCAGAUGUUCUUUCUUGCUUGGACUGGAUUUUCCUCUGCUUCUCUUUAGUUGAGCUAGACUUUACUACGCUUGCGGAAAAUGUUUACAGGACACGGUGAUACGUGGUACUUACAAUAUUAUCAGUGUUCUUUUCUUUAAGAGCAUAUCAAACAACAAAUAUGAUGGUUAUGUUUUUGUUCGUUGCUUCCCUGGUCUUCAUCGACACAAGUCCUGAAACAUGCUUCCUCCG